AUGGCGUCCAAGACUGUUCCCGCUAUGAAUCCUUGGGAGGUCAAUGCUCUCAACUAUGAGUUUCCUCAAGAAGGUUCCUUGAACGUUGAUGGUACAGUGAACUCUGCCGGUACUUGGCGUCGAGUUCAAGACCCUGUCAUCUACCCGGGUCUAUAUGCUCCCAGCGGUAUCGACAUCAUGUCCAUCUUGUUCCGAGUAAUGGGACGACCCAACCCCCAAGUUGUUCUUGGCCCCGUCGAUUGCUCUGUUGCUCUUGUUGUUUGCGACAUGGCUAGAUCCGAUGCUCCUGUCAUCUAUGUUUCAGACUCUUUCUCCGAGCUCACAGGAUACUCCUCUCGUGAAGCCGUAGGCCGAAACUGCCGCUUCCUGCAAGCACCACCUGGACAGGAACGUCGUCUCGAUAGGAAGGGCUCAGACAAGGUUGCAUCGCACCGUAUGCGACAAGCUCUCAUGGCUGGAAUGGAGAUUCAGACUUCUGUCACCAACUACAAGAAGUACGGACAACCCUUCAGCAACCUUCUAACCAUCAUCCCCGUCCCUGCCGACAACACUGGUUGUCGUUACUGCAUUGGCUUUCUAUGCGAGAUGGAUUAA